UAGACUUCGAAAGAUUGUUACUUAAGUCAAAUUUGCAAUAAUAACCUCGAGUGAUGUAAAAUAUGUUUUUAUUAGUGCAAUAUUUAUAAAAUGAUGUUUUAUGAAUAACGAUAGAAAUAUAUAAUAUCCCAAUAAUACUACUAACGCCACCUGAGAUGGGUGCUUUAGUAUCGAAGGCUUUGCGUCCUAUUAAAACUUUCAACAUAGAAAACCGGGCUCACAAAGUUAUAUCUAAAGAAAAGCCAGAAAUAGCGCCUAGAUAUCCUUCUAUGAUUGAAGAGUUAAAAAGGGCGCAAGAAAUCGAUCCGCAGCUCGAUUCGAAACUCGAUAAAAAAAAUAGCGAAUUAGAUGAACGGCUUAGAGAGGUUUAUGUAACGUCGCACGGGAAACCAGAAGACGAUGUCACUAAAGAGAAGCAACAAAAAAGCUUGGAGCGGCCGCUGCCUCAAAAUCGUGGCGCCGUGCCGGAUUUCGACUUUGGUUUGAUGGAACCCGAAAAGAUUCCAUAUGGCAAAACUACGUUAAGACAUGCCAUAGACUAUAUUUCAUCUCACCAAAUUAAUCCCGAAGAGGUCACAGCUGCUAAAAUAGCUUACGAAUAUAAAUUGAAAGAGGAAGAUGUAGAAAAUAUUUUAAAAUAUUUCAGAACAUUUGAUGUUUAUUUGCCGGAAACAAAGGAAGCCCCUGCCGUAUUCGCUGGUCCUACUGAAUUGAGAAAACGACUAUAUAAAUCUGAUGUGAAAAAAAUUGAAGAUAAAAGAACUUUAGAGGAAGAGAAACAAGCAAAGAUUAAGAAUGGAUAGAGUUAAUUCAGUUGUAGUUAGUUUUUUAUGAAUUACCUCAGAUUGUUGUUACUCGUAAGAUAAGUUUAAUGUUUAAAUUUAUGAUUUUCGAUUUUUUAUGUAAAUUGCUUAAAUUAUUUUUUGUCUUAGAAUUCAAAAAUUUUCAUAUAUGAUUAUCAAUUAGAAGUUUCUAGAUUAUUCAUUAUAUUUGAUUUGAAUUUAUUAUAGGAGCCCUGAUUUUUAUUCAAUAAAGAUUAUGAUGGCUCUUAGGUCUUAGGAUCUUCAAAAAUAUCUAUAAAUGAAAUCUAGAGAAGCAGUGCUUACCAUUAUGUACAUAAUGUGAUAUAGUUGUAGAAAUAAAUAAAGUUGUU